AUGUAUUCAAUCGCUUCCAUAUUACGGACAAUACUACAAGACUAUCUCUUGACUUCAACGGCUGAGCCAAUUUCCAACAAAGAACAACUACUCUCAGAAAAACCGCCACAAGUUUCUCGUAAUUCCUCGGAAGGACUGCACCCUUUCGAAGAUCUACCCCCUGCCUAUGAUUCUUCAACAUGGUGGUUAGAUGGCCACUUCCCUGCGCAUCCUCACCUGUGUGAUGACGAAAGAGUUCGAUCCCAUAUAGAGGCCAUCAAAUACGCUUUGUUCCAAUAUACUCUGGAAGGAUGCAAGUUUCUCGUGGAGAGAGCGGACAACAAUUUGCUCCUCUCUUCCUUUUCCGAUCACGAAUUGCUUUGGAAAGCAGCAAUCUCGGUACAAAAAUAUGGAGUUAUAUUUAUGGCAGCUCGCUCGGAAUGCAGGAAAAAGUUCCUACCAACGGUCCAAUCGGACCUUCAUCUUUUCGCAGAAAUCGAUGUCUUCCUCUCUGACAACAACAACGCUAUUCGGGCUAUUAAUUAUGGUGUUCAUCGUCUGGUCAAAAGUUCAACUUUUACUGUGGACUACCAGACCAGACUCAUUCCUCCAAACGCUAUAUCAGCAAUUGGUGUAAGCCAUAUUGCAGUUCGAGCAAAGGAUUUUGAAAAAGAGAGCAUUUUGAUGCUAGAAAAUGCAUCUCCUCUUUGGGACCUCCAUGAUUUCGCCCACCUCUCGGCUGCAUCAGUAGCCCCCAAUCUAUACGGCUCGAAAUAUUUCACGCAUCUCGUGAAGCUCCCACCGAAGCUGACGGCCUUGAUUCGCAGCCCGAAAAUGAAGACUGCAGAUCCCGAACCUCGGUUUUCAGAUGGUGUUGUCUUCAGUGAGCUUCUCACGCCUCUAUUCACGUCCGAGAUAGAGGCUGUGCAAAGGGGGGAGAAAGUGCAUACGUAUGUGUCUCUCACGAAUACUUUGGCCGACUACAUUGCAGAUUAUUUAAUGGGGAGACGCGAGCUCCAGCAUUUGACUACUGGUAAAAUGUUGGGUGUAAAGCAUCCCAUACGGCCCGUUGAGUUGGCAACUCUCGUGCAGAACAAGAACUAUGAGUUGGUGGCGAGCGAGAUUGAACAGCGGGUGUUUACGCGAGGGGGCCCUGCUGGGGAUGCCAAGGACGACCUGGACAAGUUGUCCGCAUUUGAGAGAAUCAAGUUCAUUGCGGGCUGUCGCAGAUGGUUAUAUUUUGAAAUGAGAAAUACCAUCAAGCACCGUGCCCACAAGCUUGCUUACCAAAAAGUGGCUGAGCAUAUGCUUGCGUCCGACAAUGAAGCUUCGAUCACUGCCAGCGAUUCUGUCCUGUUGACAAAAACUCUACAAAACAUUAACUACCGAGGCUGGGAGAAUGAUCAAGUGGUGAAUCUUUGGCAAAUCGUUUCAGAUCUUUAA